AUGGCAGCGAAUAGGGGAGUAGAGACCUUCUUAUCUGUCUUCCUGCUGUGCUGCUGGCCAGAUGUGCAGCCCUGGCCGAAUAGAGAGUUUUCAGGUUCACGUUCUAAACAACUGCCAGGAUUUAAAACUAUGGAUGAUGAUAUAGCUACAGUAUUUGAUGAAAUUUUAGUCCGGGAGAUUUUGGAGCCAAGGAAACUAUCAUAUUUGGAAAAUCAAAGCCCAUCAACAACCUCACAAUCAAAAACAACGAAAGGUAAAAAAGUCCACAAGAAAGAAUCCAGCACUCCUAAGAAAUAUCAAGAGAAGCAAUUAUCUUCUGGGAUCAUAGAUACCCUUUCCUUUGAUGAUGAAGAGAAAGAAACACUUUUUCAGAUGAAAAGCCUUGAAGCCCUGGAGAAAAUCAUUGACACUAUUCGAAGAGCUAUUGGAACUCAUCUCAAGAAUAACCGGAAGCUUCGGAAAAGCAGAACCAGACAACUCCUGGGGAAACUAAUCUAG